ACUCUUCCUUAAGGAAGUUCGGCCCUUUACUAACGGUGGUCGAGUGAUGCACCGUGCACUUCCGAGAUCAUUGUCGAUCCCGAAGAAAAAUACGCGGAGAACGCACAAAAAAAGGAGGACGUUUUGGUUAAUAGACGAAAGAAAAGGAAGGAGCUGAGCGAGGAAAACAAAGAAGCGGCGAAAAGAAAAAAUAGAAAAAGGGAAAAGGACUGGGAAAAUUAUCCACCUGCAGAAUGUAUGUUUAGAAAGGAGAAGUCCCUAAGUCCCUAAGUUGAUGCUAAAAAUUUCAUCGUGGAUGUUCUAACUAGAUUGGACUUAUAGCCUUCUCUUCCAAAUAGGCCACCAAAGCGUUCUCCGAAGAAUCUUUGAGCACUCGAACUUGGUAAGAGCGAAUAAUAAUCGUGAUUAGGAUCAAAACAAUUGGUAUUCGGAAAGGUAAUAGUGUAGCCUGAAAAGUAAAAGCCUAACACGAGUGCUUCGAGAUUUGAAGUCGUUGAAUGGAGCUCCAAUUCAUCAUGGACGGCGGUGCAGAUGCUUUGAAUGGAACGAUAUGGUUUCCCAAUACACCGUCACCUCCUUACGAACAGCUGUCCCCAGUUCGUCAGAACAGAUGUGAUCCCAUCGCCACUCAGCACGCGUCAAUGGGAUAUCACAGUGCACAAAAUUCUUUAUGGCAGGAUAAAUACAGCUCGCCAAAGGAUUCCCCAGAGGACGGUGUCCAAAUACGUUCGAGCAGCGAAUCGCCCCAACAUCUCAGCCCGUCUUCCGACAAUUCCCCCAAUUGCCAACAGCAGAGCACCUUGAAACGUCGAGCCGGAGAGCCGUUGUCUCAAAUUACAGAACUCGAGAAGAAGCAUGCUAAGAGAGAUGGAUCUGUCGGAAGCAAUGGUUCUGGACAAGGAUGGUCAACCCAAGUGGAGGAGCUGGCCGAACAUCUUGCCGCCGACUUCGAUGGAUCGCUCUCAGCACUUGCAGCAUCCGAUCUUGCAACAGCAGUCGCCUCCUAUAAUAUGAGCGAAGCCUUGCUUGCAUUACCAUCAUUGACGGUAUUUAAGCAAGAGGCCCCAUCACCAGAAAAUCAGCAAAAUUCCAAUUUAAACCAUGUAUCACAGAGAACAAUUAAUUCGGCACCAACGAACAAUGUGAACAACUCUGUUGAAGCUGAUAGUAAUAAUAAUGGGCAGACAACAGCUAGUCUUCAUCAGUUGCUUUAUCCCUCAAGCGAAGAAUAUCCUCCAACAUCAUCCUCAGGAAAUCACGUUUCUUCCUCUCAACAGGGAAGCGAGCUCAACGAGGAUUGCCGUUUCCAAUAUGUGCUUGCUGCUGCUACUAGUAUUGCAACAAAAGUUAACGAAGAGACGCUCACUUACUUGAAUCAAGGACAAUCGUACGAGAUUAAAUUGAAGAAAUUAGGUGAUUUAUCUGCUUAUCGUGGGAAAAUUUUGAAGGGACAUCCAACAUUUUUGUUUCAGUCGACAAUACGCAUUUGUUUUCAUGAGAGGAGACUUCAGUAUACUGAAAGGGAACAGAUGCUCGCAUGGCAACGCGCAAGACCUGGUGAAAGAUUACUCGAGGUCGAUGUUCCUCUUAGUUAUGGGAUGGUGGAUGUUUGUCAACCAUCUCCAUCAAAUAAUAGUGUGGAAUUUAUGUGGGAUCCUACCAAGGAAGUUGGGGUAUACAUAAAGGUGAAUUGUAUUAGCACUGAAUUUACGCCCAAGAAACAUGGUGGGGAAAAAGGUGUGCCGUUUCGAAUACAAGUGGAAACGCGACUGCCAGGAGGUCCUCGUUUGCACGCUGCUUCUUGUCAGGUAAAAGUUUUCAAAUUGAAAGGAGCUGAUCGCAAGCAUAAGCAAGAUCGUGACAAAAUAUUGCGACGACCACCACACGAGCAAGACAAGUAUCAGCCAAGUUACGACUGCACAGUUCUUUCCGACAUUCCCCUAGACUCGUUAUCAUCAUCCAAUUUAAUCACGCAAAGUGGUGGAAGUCCCUAUGCUUCAACGGAGGCAAUAUCUCCUCAAAGUCGCUCUACUAUAAGUGGCAAUACUUCACCAGUAGUAGCACCUUUGGCACUUUCAGUUUCUAAUCCAGGUAUCGUACCAUUAGUUCCUGCUUCUGAUGCUGUGAAGGAAAAUGUGGGAACAGCACCUGCUUUACCAUCGCCUGCGGCAAUUUUACCAGAUCAAUCUUGUAUCGAAACUGAAAGAUCAUCAUGUUUGGUUCAAUUGUCACCUGAUGCAAGUGCAGCACAGACAACGACGUGGCUUCGUGCUAGUCGCUUCAACGCAUUUGAAUCCACAUUCGCAAGCUUCUCUGCUUCGGAUAUUUUACGACUCUCUAGGGAUGAUUUAAUUCAAAUCUGUGGUCUGGCCGAUGGGAUCCGAUUGUUCAACGCGCUGCAUUCAAAGGCGCCAACCCCAAAACUUACCCUCUAUUUUUCGCUGGAAGACAACAGUUCACUUUGGAGAGUCGCCUACUUGGACAGUCUGACCAGUAGUGCCUUGAUAAAUAAGUUACUGAACACCUUAAGUUUAUCUCAUGAUCGACUCCAUUCUGUUCUCUUUCUUGGUCCUCAGGGUAUCCAUGUGUUAGUUACCGAUGAAUUGGUAGCAAACAUGAAAGACGAAAGCAUGUAUUUCGUUGAAACUAUCAAAGAUAAUGCGAGCGAACGCUACAAAUUGCUUCUGAAACCUUCGUCGCGUUCCUAAAAGAUACAACUACUGAUAAAUUAAUUGCAAAAUUAUGUAGUAGAUCUUCCAUAUAUCUCAAAUUUGCCAAACGAAUCUGUGAUUCGAUAAAGAAUUUGUUACGUAGUAAGAUAAAAACAACUUAUUGCGUAAUUAAAAAUUUGUCGAUUUUUUUUUUUAAAUUACAACGAUAUUAUCAGAAAAUAUUUCUGAAUUAUUUAUUCAUAAUAGUUCGUAAAUUAUGUAGUUUUUAAUUAAUUUGAGAUAAUUAUUUUAUACAAUCAGGUAAAAGGAAUAUCGAAGAAAUAUCGAAGAAUAGGCCUUAUUAAUAAAAAGACGAGGAAAUCUACCCAUAUUUUAUAUGCAAUACUCAUUAAAAGAUUCCAAUAUAGUUAUUUUCAGGAAAAUUGAUAUUUCUAAAUGAACAUGUUAUUUUCAGCAUUAUAAAUAUAUAUACAUAUAUAUGUGUAUAUAUACAUAUAUGUGUAUAUAUAUAUAUAUAUAUAUGUGUGUGUGUCAAAUAAUAUCAUAUAUUAUUUUAUAUGAAAAUUUCAAUUACUAUAAAGAUAAUAUAUGAAUUCAGUUAAUUUUUUUUAUUAGAUUUUAAGUAAACUGUUUAUUUUAGAGAAUAUAUAUGAUGAUUACCGCAAUUUACUCAAUCCUUGUGCCACAAAAAUUAUAAAUCUAGUAAGCAAAUAUUACUGUUAUAAUUAUUCAUUGGUAUAAAUCAAAUGUUUUGUUUUGAGUUUACAAAACUAGAACGUUAAUGAAUUAUACCGUUGAUGAAUAUAAUCCUUAUUUUACAUAAAAUGUAAUAUUUUUUUAUUAUCACGAAUUAUCACAACAUUAAAUAACUUCUUAAGUCUUAAAAGAGUGUAAAGUCACUUCUAAAAGACGCCACUUUGCCAAAGUAAAGAAUAGAAAGUAUCAAUUAAAGUUUUUAUUCUUCAAAGUACGUCCUUAGAGAAAAUAUAAGUGCCUUAUUUUUUUUUUUGUUCAUAACAAAGUGUUAAAAUUUAUUUAAUAAGGAUUUGACAAGAGUAAUGAUAAUUACUUUAUUUUAGAGAAUUCUAUUUCAGUACAAACUAGAGAAAAAUAAUUUUUUUUAAAUAUUAUAAAUCAUGGACAACAUACCAAGUAUUAUAAUUUACUAGCAAAUGUUAAAUCAUAAAAUAGAAGUUUUGCAAAGAAUGAAUUAUGAGUAAAUAUAUACAAAUUAUUGAAAUUAUAUCGAUGUUUACGGUAUAAUAUUAUCGCUAAUACUGACUAAUAUCUUUUUCUAUAAUUUAUGUCUAAUCACAUAUGUGAAUUGAACUAAUAGCACUCAAUCCUUAAUGUGACGUAAAAUGCAUAUUGUUUAUAUCAAUCAAACGAAUUGUGUAACAAUCGUUAGGAUUGUACAUGUGUUAAGAAAAAAUAUCUUUGUACAUCUUAAUUUAGAUAUUAUAUAAAAUGAUAUUAAAAGAAUAGAAACUUCAACGUCCAUCGUGACAUACAGAAGAAUGUGUUGAUUUGAUUGCAUGUUAUAUAUUAUGUAUGUCAUAAAAUGGCACAAUAAAUAUCCUUUUGCCAAAA